CUUGGACGCUGUAAACUUUAACAUUUACAGCACCAUUGAACUUCGCACCAUCGUGCUCUACACAAAUUUCCUUUUGCCUAUCUGAGGCAGGUUUAUUCCCUUCCUAUCUUCUAGGGAGUUUAUACGGAUCGGGAAAAAAAGGGACUAUGGCUCCGGGACGCAAGCGUCAGCGGCUCUCGACUGACGGCGAUGCCGUGGUCACUGCUGCUGUUCAGGACCAAGAGAAUAAAGCCUCACAGGAAAAGGUCCAGAAUCAAGCGGAUAAAGCGUCCUCGGUGCAGAAGCAUGAGGCAGAGAAGCAGCACGAUGACACACACAACAACAUUCCGGCACGGCGAACGCUCUUCGUUCGGUCGCUCCCUCCCAGCACAACCAACGAAAGCCUCAUGGAAUUUUUCUCACAAUCGUUUCCGCUAAAGCAUGCGACUGUUGUGGCGGAUCAGCAGACGAAAAAAUGCAAGGGAUACGGAUUCGUGACGUUUGCGGACGGCGAGGAUGCGCAGCGGGCUAUAGAAGAGUUCGACGGCCAAGAAUUUGGAGAAAAGGCAGACAAGAAGAAGAUACGGGUGGAGAUUGCAUUGCCAAGACACCGUGACGAGGGACACUCUGCAAAGGACCCCGCUAUGGCUGCGUUGCUCAAAGCCAAAGAGGAACGUGAGAAGCAAAAGGCUUCCCAACAACACCAACCUCCCCCUAAGCUCAUUGUGCGAAACCUACCCUGGAGCAUCAAAGAGCCUGAGCAGCUGGCCAUGUUGUUCCGGAGUUACGGAAAAGUCAAUUCUGCUACAGUUCCGAAGAAGGGUCCGGGUCUUCUUGCCGGAUUCGGAUUCGUUAUGCUACGCGGCCGGAAAAAUGCCGAAAAGGCACUCCAGGGCGUGAAUGGAAAGGAAGUCGACGGGCGAACACUUGCCGUUGACUGGGCAGUCGAUAGAGACUCAUGGGAGAAACAGCAGCAGCAGGAAGAGCAGACCGAAGAAAAGGCGGAUGAAGAGGAUGGAAAUGAAUCAGAUGCUACCGGAGUCAGCGGCAGCGAGGACGAGGCGGAAGGCGAAGAAGAGGAACAUGGAGAAGUCUCUUCCAUGGCUAGCGAAGAAGCUGAUUCAGACUCUGACGAGGAUGUCCUCUCUUCAGAGGCCGAGGGAAGUGAAGACGAGGAGACCGAGAUGUCCAAGGAACCCCAGCAGCCCGAAAAGGAAGAGGACCAUUCGUGCACCUUAUUCGUCCGCAAUGUACCCUACACAAUUACCGACGAAGAUCUCUACGAGCAUUUCCGCCAAUUCGGCCCUGUUCGGUACGCCCGCAUCGUCAUGGAUCAUGUCAUGGAGCGGCCUAAGGGAACAGGAUUCGUGUGUUUCUAUCGCAAAGAAGACGGGGACACUUGUCUCCGACAAGCGCCUGCGCAUGUUUCUCCUACAUCUACCUAUGGCAGCGGCGCCGGCGACAAGAAGUCUGGUGGCAAGAACGAAAAGGAGCUCCAUCUCACCAAACCCUCUGUUCUCCAAGACGAAACCGUCGAUUCCACGGGCCAGUACACGCUCGAGGGACGCGUGCUUCAACUCUCCCGCGCCGUGAACCGGAACGAAGCGACUCGUCUUGCGGACGAGGGCAAAGCGCAGCGUCUCGAGCGCGACAGGCGCGACAAGCGCUGCCUCUAUCUCCUUUCUGAAGGAACCAUCCCGCGCGAGUCACCGCUCUAUCAACAGCUAUCUCAAAACGAAGUCAAGCUGCGCGAGGCCAGCGCUAAGCAGCGCAAGACACUCAUCGAAAAGAAUCCUACUCUGCACAUGAGCUUGACCCGAUUGGCCGUUCGUAACGUCCCCCGCAGCGUCACAUCCAAAGAUCUCAAGCAGCUUGCGCGCGAGGCCAUUGUCGGCUUCGCCACUGACGUCAAGUCCGGACUCCGCGCCCCCUUGAGCAGAGAAGAGCUCGAGCGCGGCGGCGAAGAGAUGGCACAAGCCGAAAAAGACCGCAAGGCCAAGGGCAAAGGUGUCGUCAAGCAAGCCAAGAUUGUAUUCGAAGGCGCAGAAGGCGGCAAGGUCUCGGAAGAGAGUGGCGCGGGACGCAGCCGCGGUUACGGCUUCAUAGAGUAUUACUCCCACCGCCACGCCCUCAUGGGUCUGCGCUGGCUUAAUUGCCACGCUAUCGAUUACCAGACCAAGGACACGUCCGCAAAGAGCAAGAAGAAGAUGACAAAGGACGAACUCUUCGAUAAGAAGAAGCGCUUGAUUGUCGAGUUUGCAAUUGAAAAUGCACAAGUCGUGAAGAGACGAAAGGAUAAAGAGUUCAAGGCCCGUGAGCGCGCUCAUGAUAUCAAGUCUAAGAAGGACUCUGGAGAUGUUGGUGAUUCAGAGGAUGUCCCGUCGAGGAGUCCUGCUCGUGGAGGUCGUCCCGGCGGCCGUGGUACUGCUGGUGGUGGUGCUGCCGCCGGCAAGUACAACAGUGGCAAAGGCAUGAAGAGAAAGCACGACGACGUUGAAGACAAUGGCGGUAGAAAUGGGGCGAAAAAGGCGAAGAAUGGACCUGGUGCUAAUGCUGCUGCUGCCGGGGAAGACGAAGAAAAGCAGAAGUUGGCAAAGCGGACAAGCAUUAUCCAGAAGAAGCGCAUGCUGAGACGCGCAAAGAAGAAGGGCAAGGCUUGAAUUUAGUAUCAUUUACUACUUUUCUCCUUUUUUUGUCUAUUUUUGCCUCUGUUUCCUCUCUCUCUAUCUUUUCCCGCCCCUUUCCCUCCUUGUCUCUUUUUAAAUCCUCUCGCUAUCAUCUCACUAGCAUCAUCACCCCCUUGAAGAAAAGCAUUCGGCUGGUUCUGUUCCUCCUGUUGAAUAUCUACUGUCUCUCCGACAGUGCUUCUGCCUCGGUGUACGUCAUAUGAUAUAUCUACAUAAAAGUAUUUGCAUGGUUUUUUCCGGCGUUUGUUGUUAUCUCUGUCGUUUACUAUUUAUCUACUCUC